UCUGUAGAUUUGGUGGUAGAUUCAGUUCAGUAUCAGGAUGGCGCAGCGUGCAGUCUUACAUGUCCUUUGUGUGUUGGGAGUCUUUCAGAAAGGUCUAACAGCUCUGAUAGAAACCCAGCACACUGUGCAUGCAGCUGUAGGAGAGGAAGCAUGCUUGAAAUGUUGCCUGAUGCAAUCUAGAGAUGUUCUGCAAGUCACAUGGCAGAAGAUUUUACCUGAUGGAGAGAAGAACAUAGCUACUUACAGUGAACGAUUUGGUGAAAGAGUGAAUGCUGGUUUUCAAAGUAAGCUGGCGUUUAAAGAUGCUGGACUGCAGAACACCUCCAUAGUUAUCAGGAGGGUGAUGGAGGAGGAUGAAGGGUGCUAUCGCUGUAUGUUUAACACCUUCUCUGAAGGUGCUCUCACUGCUACAACCUGCCUGAAGCUCUAUGAGCUGCAUGGACCCUUUCUUCACGUCAGAGAAUCAACAGGUGUGUCCUGCUCAGCCACAGCUCGACCUGCUCCCACAGUAACACUGACUGUCCCUCACUACAACUCUACCAGCAUCACCAACACCAACGGCACAGUCACUGUCACCACUACAGCUGGGCUGUCUGGUCUCCACGGCAAAAGCACACAGGUUGGAUGUGCAGUGAGAGUGCUCUCUGGCCCUCAGAUAGAGGUGUCUAUGAUGAUUCCUGAGGUCAAACAGUCGUCUGAUGAUGAUUUCACCAACAUGAUCAUCGUGUUGUCCGUGGUUGUGGCCUGUGUUUGUGUUGCUGCAGUCGUCCUGCUUAAACAGAAACCUUGGAACCGUCGGUCACACAGGGACUCUGAGUAGAACAAGACAUCACAAAAAGAAAUCAAAGACACUGAUGAAGUGUUAUAUAGUUUUUUGUGCAUGUCAAAGGUCUGCAAAGGUACAAAGCCCGAAGCCCACGCCAAAGAGAAAAACACUG